AAUAAAUUAACGUAUUCUAUUGUAAAAAAGUAGGACUAUGUAUGUGCAGGAUUUAUUACUGCUUCUUCCAUUAGGUUGCUCAGCGCACAGUCACUAUAGCAACCGCAAAAUAAAAAGACGUCAGAAGAGACAACAUGUCACUCGAGACCGCAGAGAGAGAAAAGGGAGAGACCAGUGAGCUUUCUCUCUUUAAGGACAAGGCUUCUGCUGUCUCCAAUGCAGUUCCUUUUCAUGGAACUUCCAAAGAAGAACACAUCAACAUCCCAGAAACGGUGGACGACUUUGUCAGGAACUUCCUCCAGAGAAUUGGCCUGAGCAGGACUCUGGACUGUUUUGAAACAGAGUGGUACAGUUCAGCUCAACAACUGCUAACUAAGCCUUUGUUGAAAGCAUCUCCUGCAGCAGGAAACUUUAUCAUACCUGAUGCCCUCACACACAAGCAGCUCCUUCAGUUUGAAUUGCAGAAGAUCUCCGGUGAGACCAACCAGCUUAAACAGGAGGUGCUAUGUGCAGGGGACAGCCUAGUUAAGAUUCAGAGGGACCGAGAUCUACACCAUCUGCACUGGCAGCGAAUUAUUGCUGAGAAAAGUCAUGCAAUGGAGGACAUUAAACGGCUAAAGAAACGCCUGGCGGCUUAUGAGCCAGCACUGAGGGAACUGGAUGGCAAGUAUGAGGCAGCUCUGAGGCAGAAGAUGCUUCUCAGUUUGGAAAGCGAAAGAAUGCAGAACACCUUGGAUGCAAGACUAAGUCAGGACAAAACUCAAACGAAAACUGCAAGAAGCGUCAAGAAGAGCACUGCCCAAGAGCGAAGCACUACCAGACACACAAAAGACACCGAGUUUCCUGUCUGUAGCAGACCAGUGAACCAUCAGAGCAUUCAGAGGAAUCUUGAAGAACAGAAAAGCCCAAGUUCAUUCAGUCUUUUCUGUUCCAUCAAAGCCCACACUCUUCCAGUAAGCUGCAUCAGCCUCCAUCCGGAAAAGAAAAUCCUUGCUAGUGCAAGUGAUGACUGCACUUGGAAGCUGUGGGCACUGCCAGCUUACAAGGAAAAGGUGGGUCAGAUGGUCCUGACAGGGGAAGGACACGCUGAUUGGCUCUCCAGCUGCACUUUUCAUCCAGAAGGAACUAAACUAGCAACAACUAGCGGAGACACUACAAUAAGGCUCUGGGAUUUUUUUUGUGGACGCUGUGUGUUGACAUUCACUGGUCAUAGCCAUCCCACCUGGGGGUGCUCCUUCCACUCGUGUGGUCACUUCUUAGCGUCCUGUUCCUCAGAUAAAACUGCCAAGCUGUGGGACCUCAACAGCCAGCGCUGCCGGCUGACAAUGCGCCGCCACACUGCGUCUGUGAACAGUGUCUGCUUCCAGUCCUUCUCCAACACUCUCCUCACUUCUUCGGCAGAUAAAACUCUUGCCCUGUGGGAUAUCAGGCUUGGAGUGUGCAUUGCAUCCUUCAUUGGACAUCAACAUCCCUGCAAUCAUGCUACUUUAAGCCUCGCCGAGGAAGUCAUUGCUUCCUGCGACACCCACGGCAUUGUCAACCUGUGGGACAUAAGGAAACCUGCUUCGGCUAUCAGCACUAUUGAUGCAGGGCCUCUGAGUGCCAAUCAGGUGGUGUUUAGUCCAUCAGGGAAGAUGCUGGCAAUUGCGAGCAGCGACAGUUUGGUCAGACUGGUGAACGUGGAUUCCUGCACAGUCUGCAGCCUGUCAGGGCAUAGGGACAGUGUGCAGAGUGUGACGUUUGACCACAUGGGGAGGACUGUCAUGUCUGCGGGGAGUAAUGGGGUCAUUAACAUAUGGAUGUAAUUUAUUAACAGGACAAAACAUUACAGAAUGAUGAUCCCUGUCAAAAACAAAUGCCCAAUAGGAUCGUGAAUGAUUUCAUUAAUAAACACAGUAACAGUUAAAAUCUAAAUUCUGAUUUAAAAUUGUCUUUAGACAAGUUACAGAAACUGGAAAUGGAUGAGAACAUAGUGUCGUGGGAAGUGGGGUGCUGCAGCACCCCCUGGUGUUGGUAGAUUCUUUUUUUUUUUACGUUGGGGAUCAGGGGUGCACAUAAGUGGUCCGCAUGCGCGCAUGCGUACUGGAUGUAGACAAACGCACUGGCCCUCAACGGCUUCCAUACGCUUUUGCAUACCGAUGGCUGACCUCUGUAUUUGCGGCGGACACGAGAAAAUAACUUCUCAAAAUGUCGACGAGGCAGGCCACACUGAGUAAUUACUUCCGUGUUCCCCCACCCCCUUCAAAAGACAGACAGACGAGAGAGACGUCACCGGACCUACCGAAAAAAAGGACUUUUGCUGAAAAGUGGCUACAGGAGGUAUCAUGGCUAGAAGCAAAUGAUGCUCGCGCGGAAAAGCGGUACAAAAUGUGCCGUGAGAAUCCCAAUGUCGCCGAUAAGAGCAGCGCAUUUUAUGUAGGGUCAAAGAAUUUCAGCCAUCCAAAUUUUGAAAAGCACGAAAAAAAAAAACAGAGCAUGUGGCAAUUAAGCAAACUAUCGAUGUCAAACAGGACCCCACUCGCCCUAUGGACAAGUCGCGAAAUAAAGGUAAUGAACAGCGACAUGCACUGACAAACGUGUUUUUGCUCGCAUUUUACAAAGCUAAACAUGCACGUUCAAUGAGGUCUUAUGAGGAGGACAUCCCACUUUUAAAAAGGCUUGGAGUUAAUGUGGGAGCCGCAUAACGCCCUUUAUUUUGAAUUGGUGCUUUUAUGUUUAUUUCUUUACAUUUCACUUCAAAGUAAUGCCAAUUUUGUUGUGCCAGUUGAUGUUAAUCAAGCAUUAAUUGUUAAUAUAAUUAAUUAAAGUUAAUUGGCUCUAAGUAAAGCUUGUCAUAAAUUUAUCGCAUCAGGCGGGUCGGCUCUCAAGCUCAAUGAGGACCAAGGCACAUCUCCAGGUCCUCCUCUGAGAACCUGGGCGAAAAAAUUAUGUGCACCCCUGUUGGGGAUUAAAUAUUUACAUGUAUGUUGAAAAGUUGUUGUUUUUUGUCAAUAACACCAACUGACAACUUGUUUGCUAUGGAGGACCAGGAGUGUAAAAAUUGAAUCAAUAAAUACACAAUUAAAUAAAUUUAUAAAUGUGUCAUUAAAAUGCUUCUAUU